GAGGGACUGCAGAAAACCAAAAAAGGACCUGAAAAUCAAAAAUUAUGUAAGUAGAGGGACCUGAAGAAUAAAAAAAUAGUACAAGGGCUUUUUGAACAAAAAUAAUAUAGUACAAGGGCCUUUAGAUGGGUUUAGCCUUAUUAUUACUCUCUUCCUCAAAGCCAUAAUUCCCUGCUUUCUUUACAAACUAACUCCCUCACGAAAUCCAUGCACUCAAAUUUAAUCUCUAAGAGCCCCAAAAAAAGCUCCCACCUUUCAUCAACAAGAUUAUAACUUUAGUAUUAAUCCCUCAACCCAUUUUCCUUAUGCACAUUAUGUCUACCACCACCAUAUCAAAUUUGGAACCAAACUCAGUUGCCAAAACAUCAUCAGAUAUAAUAAUCUCACCAAAAUGGCCUACCAAACUUAUGCAAUUGAUCAUUUCGGAGAUGCGAACGCAGCGUGCGAUAGCCCUUCCCUUACUAGCAAUGAACUUGACAUGGUUUGCCAAGACAGCUAUAACAACAGCUUUCCUAGGCCGACUCGGGAAGCUCCAGUUAGCUGGUGGCGCUCUCGGGUUCAUGUUUGCGAACGUCACCGGCUUCUCUGUCUUGAAUGGGCUAUGUGGUGCCAUGGAACCUAUCUGUGGUCAAGCUUAUGGUGCUAAGAAUUUUAGGUUGCUCCAUAAGACACUUGUUAUGACAACUUUGUUGUUGCUAUUAGUAACUCUGCCUAUAUCUUUCUUGUGGCUUAAUGUUGACAAAGUUUUAAUUCAGUUUGGCCAGCAAGAAGAGAUUUCAAUAAUUGCAAAAAAGUAUCUUUUCUAUCUUUUACCUGAUUUAGUAAUCAUUUCUUUGCUUUGUCCUCUCAAGGCAUACUUGAGCACUCAAGGUGUAACACUUCCUAUAAUGUUUAGUUCAGCUUUAGCUCUAGCUUUGCAUAUACCUGUCAAUAUCUUUCUUGUAAGAGCUAAGGGUCUUGAAGGUGUCUCCAUGUCGAUAUGGAUAACCGAUCUCGUUGUUGUGAUCUUAUUAGCUUUAUACGUGUUGGUGACAGAAAAUUAUAGAAAUGGAGGGAAAUGGAAGGACGGGGGAUGGUUAGACCACAGCAUACGCGACUGGCUUAGGUUGAUAAAGUUGUCGGCCCCAUGUUGCCUUACUACCUGCCUUGAAUGGUGGUGCUGGGAGAUCCUGGUAUUGCUCACGGGGCGACUGGCCAACGCCGAGCAAGCAGUUGGAGUGAUCGCAAUCGUGCUAAACUUUGAUUAUUUGCUCUAUUCUGUGAUGCUUACUCUAGCAACAUGUGCUUCUAUCCGAGUUUCCAAUGAACUCGGAGCCAAUGAGGCAGGGAUUGCUUAUCGAUCAGCAUAUGUGUCUGUCGGUGUGAGCUUGGUAUUGGGUUUACUUGGUGGGUUGGUGAUGGUAGGAGUUAGGGGUAUAUGGGCACCUUUGUUUACCCAUGACAGAGGACUUAUACGAGGCGUAAAGAAGAUGAUGUUGCUAAUGGCUAUGAUAGAAGCAGUAAACUUUCCAUUAGCAGUAUGUGGUGGUGUCGUGCGGGGAACAGCUAGGCCUUGGUUGGCAAUGUACGCCAAUCUAGGCGGGUUCUACCUCUUAGCUUUACCAGUAGCUGUGGCUUUAGCAUUUAAGGCAAGACUAGGACUGGGCGGGUUGUUGUUAGGUUUUCUGGUUGGAAUGUCAGCAUGCUUAGCGUUGUUAGUUGUGUUUGUUGUGAAAAUUAAUUGGGAUGUAGAAGCUGAUAAGGCACAAAAACUUUCCAGUGACGUGCAAGAGAACAUUCAAGAAAAUCACAGACCUAGUGAAACACUGGAUGAAGCUCAUGUGUGAAAAUGUUUCAUCUCGAUCAUCUCUUUUCGAUGAUUUGCAAUUUCAAUUCUUCAUCAAAUUCUGAAUGAAAAGAAUUACAUAAGUGCUCAUAAAAGAACCUGAAGGCAUCAACCAUCUACAAAUCCGGGUCCAGAACUUAAGGACUCGAGCUCUUUGGCUUUCUCAUCAUUAAAGCCAAGUGUAGCCAAUACCUUGUAACCUGGGGAGUCGACUUCUGACCAGAUGCCGAGAACUAGAUCACUUGUCGUAACUUCCUCAUUAUCUCCUGUAAUUGAGAUGUACAUUAGUCGAGAGCAAGUGAUUAUAGCUAUCUUCAUAGUAAGCAUAGACAGCUAA